AAAGGAAAAAGAAAAAAUACACGAGGGAACAGACCAACGCCCGUCGGGAGGGACGAUGACAGAGAGACAACAACAGUCAGUGACAUGCAUCUGUUCGUGAGAAGUCGUCGUCGAAAGAGCCAUUGCUUAACUGUGUCAUGCUUCUGCAAGAGCCACUCCCACUCAGCUUCUCCACAUCUCUUCCCAGCCCCGACCCAAAUUCCCGACGCCCACCUUCCACAUUUGCCCGUGUCGAAUUCUCUUCCCCGGGAGGCCCCCUCGUCCUCCUCCACCUCCUCGUCGUUUCCAUCAUGCCACCGCCAAUGCGAUCCACAUGACGACAUCGUCGCAUCAAACAGGGAAAUCGCCCACUACAUCCGAGACGGCGACAUUGGUUCUGCCCGGAGAGUGUUCGAUGGGAUGAGGCAUAGAACCACCGUCACCUGGAACUCCAUCUUGGCUGGUUACGCCAAGUCCCCUGGGAAAUUCAGGGAAGCGCGGAAGCUGUUCGAUGAAAUUCCCGAACCAGACUCCGUCUCGUACAACAUCAUGCUCAGCUGCUACCUCCACUCCUUCGGGAUCAACAUGGCGCGGGCCUUCUUUAGGAAGAUGCCCCUCAAGGAUUCCGCGACUUGGAACACCCUGAUCUCGGGGUACGCUCAGAGAGGCGAUAUGGUGCAAGCUCGCGAUCUGUUUGUGGAGAUGCCCAAGAAGAAUGAGGUCUCAUGGAGUGCCAUGGUGUCAGGGUACGUAGAGUGCGGGGACUUGGACUCGGCGCAAAAGUUCUUCGAGGCAGCUCCGGUUAAGAGUGUGGUGGCGUGUACCGCGAUGUUUAGUGGAUACAUGAAGUCCGGAAAGGUUGAGGAGGCAGAGAAGUUGUUCCGGCAGAUGCCUGAGAAGAACUUAGUCACAUGGAAUGCGGUUAUUGCGGGGUAUGUCGGAAACGGCCGAUCGGAGGAUGGAAUGAAGGUCUUCAGAGAAAUGAUAUAUCGAGGGAUGUCGCCAAAUUCGUCUACCUUGAGCAGCGUCCUCCUUGGCUGCAGCAACUUAUCUGCGUUGCAAUUGGGAAGGCAAAUUCAUCAAUUGAUUAGUAAGACUCCGUUGUCUAGAGAUACGACCGCAGGGACUUCAUUGAUUAGUAUGUACUCGAAGUGUGGAGAUCUUAGGGAUGCUUGGAAGGUAUUCCUUGAGAUGAAUCAGAGGGAUGUCGUGACUUGGAGUGCUAUGAUCUCCGGGUUCGCGCAGCAUGGGCUAGGAAAUUUAGCCCUAGAUUUGUUUGAUGAGAUGGUGAAAGAUGGGAUGAGGCCUAGUUCCAUUACCUUUGUUGGAGUUCUAAUGGCUUGUAACCAUGCGGGUUUAGUGGAACAGGGGAUGGAAUAUUUCAAUUUGAUGGUUAGAGAUUACGGGGUUGAAAUGAGGCCUGACCAUUAUACUUGCAUGGUCGACCUUCUUGGUCGAUCUGGUAAGCUAGAAGAUGCUGUGGACUUGAUCAAGAAAAUGCCCUUUAAACCACAUCCCGCAAUUUUUGGGACUCUUUUGGGUGCUUGCAGAGUCCACAAGAAUUUUGAGAUCGCUGAAUUUGCCGCCAAGGGCUUGCUCGAUAUCAACCCUAGAAGUGCGACCGCUUAUAUACAGUUAGCAAACAUUUAUGCUUCGAUGAACCGGUGGGACCAGGUGGCUGGGGUUUGGCGAUCGCUGAGAGAAAGGAAGAUUGUUAAAACUCCGGGAUACAGUUGGAUUGAAUACAAAAGCAGGGUCCACAAGUUCAGGUCUGGAGACAGGGUCCACUCAGAGCUCAGCUCAAUACACUCGAAACUGGACGAGUUGGAGAAGAAGAUGAGGUUGGCUGGUUAUGUGCCCGACCUUGACUGUUCAUUGCAUGAUGUGGGCGAGGAGCAGAAGGAACAGCUUCUACUCUGGCAUAGCGAGAAAUUGGCAAUUGCCUUCGGGCUCAUAAAAUUGCCACGUGAAGUUCCCAUCAGGGUUUUCAAGAACCUGAGAGUGUGCAAAGACUGUCACACUGCGACCAAGUACAUAUCAGCUGUUGAAGGGAGAGAGAUCAUAGUUAGGGAUACUGUGAGGUUCCAUCACUUCAAGGAUGGAGUUUGCUCGUGUGGGGACUACUGGUGACAAGCUGCUAUAUGUUAGGUAAACCUUCAAGCUGCAAUAGGGAGCAUGACAAGUUUAUUGUACCGUGUCAACAUCUCAAUACUCAGGUAACCAUCAGGUUGCCGGGGAAGUCGCUGACUUUGAUCUGCUGCGAAGUGGAUCUUCUAGAUCAAGUCAGCAGUGAUGGUUGAUUCCAUCUAACAUCCGUCCUGAUCAGAAUUGUGUAAUACCGGCAGGGUGCAGUGAAGCCCUGUAAACCCGCCCAAGCAGAGUGUCGGUGGAAUGCAGAUGAAUUUUGAGGCUACGAAAUUGUUGCUAUCAGAAAAACGCUUGAAAGAUCUGAGGCGCAAGAGAUACGAUAGCGAGGCCUCUCAUGGAAAUCGCGUUCAGCCUCUGACUUACCUUUGGUCAUUUCUACAACUUGGCAGUUAGAGAGGGGGAAGCUGCUUACGGUACGCGGUGGAAGAGGAAAAUACCGUUUUGGAAUUUCAUUAUGGAUAUGAAUCUCUGUUCUUCUGCUCGAGCCAUACAUCGCAUUGAAAAUCUUUGUAUGGACCCCAUGUGAAAAAUAUUCCUCUAUACGUAUAUACCGUACAAAAUCUAUGAUGUUGUGGGCUACGUUUGAUUCCUGGCCGCAAUUAACUUUGACUGCUCUUACAUCGAGUCAGUUUUUACUAUUAGCUCUA